AGAGAGAGAAGCUGGCAAAAGAAAAAAUCGGAAUCUCUCUGCAGCAAAUCUGGUUAUUUGUCUUCAGUAUGCCUCGUCAUCACCGUGCUGUAGAAGUUCCCAAAUACCACCAUUUGGUAGAAAAACGAAAAACCAAGAGCGCUGUCUGGAUGCAUUUUGGAUUGCCUGCCGAUGAGAGCGGCCGUGUUUUGACUGACAAUGGCGCCAUUUGCAAAAUAUGUUUGCAUUCGGUAUCAGCAAAAGGCGGAAACACCUCCAAUCUAAGCAGCCACCUCAAGUUUCACCACCCUCUGAAAUUCAGGGAGUUGUCCACACCCGUGGCAGUACCUUCCUCAUCAAGAGGCGUUUCCGUUUCUUCACGUACUGGUGCUAAUUCGGACGAUCCUCCAGCUGUAACGCCGUCAACAGCUAGGGCUGCUGAGCCGGCAAGAACUGCUAGGGAAAGUUCUAGAGGACAGCAGAAAACAGCAUUGGAUUCCCAGCUGCUCCCUUCUAAGACCUCAAGGACUUGCACUCAGGCAGUCGCGCAGUUUCUGGCUACGUGUAUGCAGCCUUACAACACUGUAGAGCACCCAAAAUUUAUCCAGAUGGUGAACACUCUAAACCCGAGGUAUCGGUUGCCUAGUAGGAAAUACUUCACAACCACGGGAGUUCCAAAACUGUACAGUGACACGGUGGAGAAAAUGAAGAGAGAAAUACAGCGGCAAAGUGAGAGUGAAGUGGCCAUCACUACGGACAGCUGGACGUCAGUGGCAGGCACUCCCUUUGUGGCCGUGACGGUACAUUUCAUUUCCGACGAGUGGAAGUUGACAAGUGCUUGCUUGGCCUGUAAGCAUUUUUUGGAGGACCACAACCCAGAUCACCUUUGUGAAAUGCUCACAGACACCUUCUCGGAGUGGGACAUCGAUGUGAAGAAGAUAUUUUGCAGCACAACGGACAACGGCUCAAAUAUUCUGAAAGCGGUCAGGCAGCUUGGUUUCGAGCACAUUUCCUGCUUUGCCCAGAAUAUAAAUAUCGGGGUUAACCGAGCUUUAAGCCUGACACCGUUGAAAAGGGCAAUUGGGAAACUGAAGGGUCUGCAAAAUAGCAUUUGCUGCAGCUGGAAGAUGAAGAGGGACCUCGCCAGAGCUCAAGAGCUACUUCAGAUGGACCAAGUCAGUUUGCCAAGUGCUUGUCCCACAAGAUGGUGGAGUACGCUUCAGCUGUGCCAAAGGUUUCUCGAAAACCAAGUUCCACUCUGCAAGGUACUCACGGAGCAUCCAUCUAAAGGACUUUUGAUGUUGGAAGGGGGUGACGUCUCAGCUGUGCAGGACUUUGUCCGUGCAACUACUCUACUAGAGGAUAUCACCACAACUCUAAGUGGAAGCAAUUAUGUCACAGCAUCAACCAUUCUGCCUCUUUAUAGGCAAAUUAAGAAAAGCCUCCAGGCUGAUGAGGGAGACAGUGUGCUGCUGAAGGACAUUAAACGUGCAAUUUUAGGGGCACUGUCAGAAAAGUACGAUAGCGCUCCCACGGCAACCACUUUAGGCCUGGCCUCGUUGUGCGACCCGAGGUUUCGCCUGCGUUUCUUAGAGGCGCCAGAGGCCGUCAGGCAGGAGGCCAUCAAGAAGAUGACAGACUUGCAUGGGAGUCUGCAUUCUGCUUCUACGGAGCCAAAUACUUGCCCUGCUCCACCCAAAAAGAAAAAGGGGCUGGCGAAAAUUUUUGACUUGGAGGAAGAAGAGGAGGACCUGGCAGUGGCAGAUGGAAAUGCGCAGGCCUCUGUCAGAUGUCAAAUGGACUUCAUCAUCUCCCAUCAUCCUUGACAACUUGGCCUGACUGGGGCUGACGGGAACUGAAGCUGCAACACAGGUCUGCUGGUAGAGUAUGCAAAAGAUUUCUGCAUUGCAGCGGGGUCUACUGGAUGA